CUGUGGACAGUUAAGUAACUGGCUUUCUUUAGCAUGGGAAAGGACGGACAGUCCUGAUUUUCUUUCAGUAUUCCUCAGCUAUAUGGAUCUGACCCCCAAAUUACGUAAGAUCUGCAGUGAUAAAACUCAAAAAAAACGCAAAAAACACUCACUGCCUGUCUUUGACCACUUAUACCCCCGGCAUUAUUAUCAACAAUUGUCUUUAUACAAGUUUGGAGGAGAAAAAUGUUUCACACCAAGUAUGCAUACAAAGGGUCCCAGCACACUGAGCAGCGAAAUUCCCAAAGCAAACACGCACGGGGACCUGCCGGAGCGGUCCCGCUACUCUCGCGAGACAGUUGCCAGAGGCGCCGUUUGUUCCCGCGAUAGCCCAGGGCGUCGCUUCCGGUUUGCGGAGCCCGCCGCGGCGUUUCCUGGGGCAACGGCCAUGGCGGCUGUGCCGUCCGAGCGGCUCUUUUCGCUGGAGUUGCUGGUGGAUUGGGUGCGUUUGGAAGCCGCGCUGCCGCCGCCGCCCCCCGCUGCCGCAGUGGAGCGGGAGGAGGAAGAAGAGGGAAAGGAGCAGGGGGAGGCCUCGUCGCCGCGCGCUCUGUGCCCCGCCGUGGCCUUCCGCCUGCUGGACUUCCCCACACUGCUGGUUUACCCUCCGGACGGCCCUGGCGUGCCCGCCCCGGAACGCUGGCCCGGCGCGAUCCGCUUCGGUCGCGGCAAGUCUUGCCUCUUCCGCCUGCCCCCUGCCACCCUGCACCGCCGGCUCCUGCGGACCCCGCUUGCCGUCUUGCUGCUACAGCUGCCCCCCGGGCUCCUGACGCCCGCCCCGCAGCUCCUGGGGGCCUGCGACAUCUCGCUGGCCACCGCAGCCCACAGUGUCGUGGGGCCGGCCGCCUCCGGGUGCUCCCACCUGCACCGGGGACGUUUCCCCCUGCGUAAUAGAGUGGGCGCGCGGACCGGGGACAUUGCACUGGCCUAUCGCCUUACUGACCUGGGAAGCCACCUGCUGGGCCAUCUUGAGCGACCCCUCACCUUCACCCCCACGGGAGGAGGAGCGGAGGUCAGUCCCCAAACCCCGCAGGAAAGACAGCAGCUACAGCAGCCAGCCUCACAGCCAAGCCCAAAAGAGGCCGAUAGGCUGCUGGGGGAGUUAGGAAUCCCAGAGGCGCAGAAGGACUUGAAGGAAAUAGUUUUCCAAAGUGAGGGCGAAUGUGAUCAUGUGGGUUCUGUGGAGAAUGGCAAAACCAAUUCUAUUGUUACUUGUUCAAGUGCUGUCAGUGAGAGGAAUGUUAGCUCCCUAAAUGAGGAAGUCACAGAGUUGGACAUGGAGACCAAUAUAUUUUGCCCUCCUCCUUUGUAUUACACUAACUUGACCCAAGAAAAACCACUUCCUGCACAGGCUAAAAUCACCAUUGAGCCUCAAAUGAAUGUACCUGAGGAAAUGAGUAGUGUGUCUCCUGAAAAAAACUAUAUAAAUCCCCCAACACACAGGAGUCGUCUAAAAUAUCCAAGUUCUGCAACACAUGAGCAUCCUCCAAUGCUUGUAAAUCCUCCACAUAUUCAGGAUGUAGGAGCAAUUAAUCAAACAUGUCAAACUGAACAAAACAGAAUUAAUACAAUAAGGCAGUUGCCUUUGUUAAAUGCUUUGUUAGUUGAGUUGUCCUUGUUGUAUGAACAACCUGUGACAAGUCCUGCUCAAAUACAUCCACACUUAGCCUGGUUAUAUAGGACUGAGGAGAAGAAGUCACCAGAAUCUUCUGCCAAAUCCACAUGCCAGUCUGAAUCUAAGAAGGAUAAACUUUCUGUGGGGGGAUGUGAAAAGUCAGUGAGUCUUCAUUAUAAAAAGAACCAAAUUGGAAACUCUAAGAAAGAUAAAUAUUCUGAAAAGAACAGUGGAACCCUCCAAAAAAGAGUUGCAAAAGGGAGGCUACUUUAUGGCUUAACAAAUACACUAAGACUACGUUUAAAGCAGACAAAUCCUGGUAUGUUGGUGGUACAUGAAAAAAGAGAACUAUAUAGAAAAACACAAGCACAAAUGUUGGGUACAAAAUUCAGAAUUCCAUCAACCAAAGUUAAACUAUUAAGCUUUGCAGAACAAAGCCAGGAGCCACAUCAGCUGCCUAAAGAUAAGCAUUUAGAUUUAGAUGCAUCUUUUACUGAAAAUAGUGAUACCUCAAGACAAAUGAGUGGAGUUUUUGAUGAUCCCAGCACAAGUAAAGAAGCUAAACUGAAACGUACAACUGAGAAAAAGACAGUGGAUUGCAGUAAAAAUGGAACCAAUAAUGUUUCAUUGAUAGAAAUUGUGAAUCCUGCAAAUUUCAUUAUUCCAGAAAGGCUCACCCAUGCAAGUAUUUUGGGAAGAAAUGUGGAAAUGCAAAUCCAAAGUCCAUGUGUUUUCCAACAGGAUGCUGUUGUUGACAGAAUUAUAGAUAAAGAAAUAGACAUUAGACAGGUCAAAACCACAGAUGACAAUAUUCUUAUAGCUGAUAUAAGUGAAAAUAGACCAGGUAAAAACAGUUGGAAUGAAAACAUCUCAGAACUGAAGUAUUCAGAUGACUUGUCUAGCCCUUGCUAUUCUGAAGAUUUCUAUACUACUGAGGAUACCAGUAGAAGUUUAAAAGCUCAUGAUAGCAGUUCAAGGACAGAAAAUCCAAAACAUAGUCAAUAUACAAGCAAGUCUAGUGAAACAAGAUUGUCUAAAAAGAAAAAUAGUAGUGACAAGAGUUCUAUUCUUAGCCCACCUUUCUCAGCUGGGUCACCUGUACACUCAUGCAGAAAAUUUCAUAUUUCAAAGACUCAGGAUAAAAGUUUGGAGGAAGCAUGUAGUAUCUCUACCAGUGAUUUAUCUUCAUCCCAUUGGACUGAAGAAAAAGAAAACCAGAAAGGUCGAAAUAGUAUGCACAAUUCUAAAGUUACAAAGAGUGAUCAAGACAUCUCUAUUCCAACAAGAAGUAGUUGCCAAUCUUUAGAAAAAAGCCAGUCACCAAGAACAUCCCAAGUGAGUUCUUAUCUGCCUUCAAAUGUGUCUGAACUAGAACUUAAUGUCCUAGAUAGCAGUACAUCAGAUCACUUUGAAGAAGACAAUGAUGAUGUUGGUUCACUAAAUAUUUCCAAGCAAUGCAAAGAUAUUUGUGAAUUAGUAAUAAAUAAACUUCCAGGAUACACAGUGUGAAAAUACAUGCUUUUUAAAAAGUUUCAACAACCUAUGUGUACUGUUAGUGAAAAAAAUUUUAAACCUAUUUUAGUACCUGAAUUAUGUGAAUAAUUAUUUUUAAGAAAUAUGAAUGUUAUUCCUUUGAUGUUUAGUGUUCUAUUAAGUCUAAUAAUAUUGAUUAUUAAAUCACCAUAUAAACAGACUUCUUUUUAACUUGUUUAAUCAUAAGAAUAAAAGUAUUUAUUUUUAAA